AUGAUCCACAAAAAGGAUCCAGACGUCGAGAGUGGCGGCGCAAUCGAGAAAUUCGACAAUUAUGUUCCUCCCACUCCACCCCAGCCCAAGGUGAAGAAGGCUGCCGGCACACCCUCGCGUAAGCGAACAGCGCCCAUCUCCUUUGGCAGUCCCGCCGCCAGUGUCAGUUCCCCGGCAAAGAAGCCUGGUUCAGCGAAGAAGAAGAAAGAGACGGCAGGUAACUCAAAGCUGGGCGAGGAGCCCACGAUGUCUAUUGGAAUUGAUUUCGGAACGACCCAUACCGGUGUCGCAUACGCCUGGUCCGGCAAUCCUCAGAAGAUUGAAGUCAUAACGAAUUGGGAUGAUACCACCAAUGACCAGGUGAAAGUUCCUUCGGCUAUCAAGUUCUUAGCGGAAGCACCUGGAGUCAUGAAAUGGGGUGCAAAGGCCAAGACUGCAGCCGGUGCGCUCAAAUGGUUCAAGCUCCUGCUUAUUGACGAAGUCGACCUUGCCGAAGACAUCCGAACAUCUGCGUACUUGCAGGAAGCUCGCAAUCAGUUACGUGACCUAGUUAUGACUGCUGUGGAGGUUAUCGCACUGUUCCUGGAAAAGAUAUGGAACCACUGCAUCUCGAAGAUCAAGGUCGCAGAGGGAAACGAUACUGUGGACACUUCUCGAUUCCACGUUGUCAUUACUUUGCCAGCCAUCUGGCCCCACUACUCUCGUGACAGAAUGCGCGAGGCGGUUGUUCGGGCCGGCAUUCUCAACGGGCGCUCAGGAGUUGGUAAGACCACCUUGAGUUUCGUGGCUGAGCCUGAAGCUGCUGCUCUGGCGACACUGUCGGGUGUGGACGGCCGGCACGAUAUCAAGAUUAGGGACAAUUUUGUGAUCGUGGACUGCGGGGGUGGGACCGUUGACGUGAUCAGUUACAAGGUCACCAAAACCGACUCAAUGAUUGUACGGGAGGCUGCUACGGGUGAAGGCGCGCUGUGUGGCGCGAUCAUGGUGGACGAUCGAUUCAGGAGCCUGCUUGUCACAAAGCUGGAAGAGGUUUCUGAACAUGCCAUGCAGCGUCUUCGCGAACGAGAUAUUCAAGAUCUCAUGAUUACAGAAUGGGAGAAUGGCAUCAGAUCCCAGUUCACCGGCGAGGAGAGUGAGUGGAUCAUUCGUCAGCCUCAGAGACUUGUCAACCCAAGUAUCUUCGUCGACGAAGAUGAUGAUGACGAUAAUGCCGGUUACCCAACCUUUACCAUCACUCAUGAAGAAGUGAAAGAGGUUUUCAGACCCAUCGUCGAACGAAUCUACGAGCUGGUCGAGGCUCAAAUUCGUGACGUACAGAUGAAGACGGAAAGAUUGCCCAAGUACAUCAUCCUUGUUGGAGGUUUCGGAAGAUGCCAGUAUUUGCAGAAGUACCUCAGUUCACGCUUUGAGGGGGUAGAGAUAUUGCAGAAGUGGGGCUCUGAGCCUUGGAGUGCCAUCUGCCGAGGCGCUGUCAUUCAUGGCCUGACAAAUGAGAAUUUUGAUAGUCUGCUUGCGGUCCAGGAUAAAAUUUGGGACGAGGAUCAACAGGCCGAUAUGGCCGGGAACCAGUUCAAACCCCUGAUCACGCGCGGUGAGGAUAUUCCUGUUGGUAAAACGUUCCGGAAAGAGUUCUUCAAGAUCCAGACCGAUUAUUCAAGCGACAUUUCCACCAGCGUUUUUUUGUCGAAGUCAGAGAGGCCUCCAACACGCAAGGACGGAUCUGUGAGCAAGCUCUGUGAUAUCCGGUGGAUCAAGGAUAUUGACGAGGACGAGCUGCAGGGCUUCGUCAACAAGAAUGGAGGGGAGUUCCUCCGAAUGGGCUUUAUAACUGAAAUGAAGCUCUCGGGUGGUGCUGUCGAGUUCAGGAUAUUUCAUGACGGUAAGCUCCAGGCGCGGGAGAACGUGGCCGUGGAGUUUCAAGAUCAUGGGAAUGUUUGA